UGUCACACACAGGACCAAGCAGGAACUCGCCCAUUUUUACCCAUUACAUAUGGAGGAACAUGAAGAUGCUCAAUACUGUUUUCCAGACCAAAACUCUUCUUGCAGAAAGGCUUCGCUAUCGACAUCUAUUUACAUAACACUGUACAUCUUCAUCGCAUUGAUUUCAGCGGUUACAGUAUUUUUGAACGUACUGGUGAUCAUCUCCGUCUCUCACUUCAAGAAGCUCCACACUCCAACCAACCUGCUCAUCCUUUCUCUGGCGGUGGCAGAUUUCCUGGUGGGACUGAUUGUGAUACCAGUAGUGGCUGUAACAUUAAUGGAAUCAUGCUGGUUCUAUGGGAAAUAUUUCUGUGUGAUUUCUCUAUAUAUCAAUUAUUUAUGUCUCUCUUUAUCUAUGGGCAAUUUGAUCUUGAUAUCUAUUGACCGCUAUGUUGCUGUGUGUGAUCCCUUGAAGUACCACUCAAAAAUAACAAUAACAAGAAUAAUUGGUUGUAUAUCAAUUACCUGGUGUUGUUGUAUCAUAUACAAUGCUGUUAUUUUAAAUAACUAUGUUAAUAUGAAGGUUCCCAGACAGUGUUUGGAAGAAUGUUUUGUUGUUGUAGGAUUUAUCUGGAGGAGCAUCAUUGACAUUCUAUUUUCAAGUGUUAUCCCGUGCUCAAUUAUUAUAACACUUUAUUUGAAAAUAUUUGUUGUUGCCAGAUCACAGGCCAGAAAGGUAUUUAUAAAAGAGCCUGCCACCAAGUCUGGUGUUAAAACUGUACAGUCAAAUAAGUCUGAGAGAAAAGCAGCAAAAACUCUAGCUAUUGUUGUUUUCACCUAUCUCACUUGUUGGAUUCCAAUUUUUUUUAUCCAGUUUUUUUCUCACCAAUCAUCAGUUUCCUUAAGCUUUCUGCCAUGUGUUAAUUCCUUAAUUAAUCCAAUCAUUUAUGCUUUCUUUUAUCCAUGGUUCAAAGUGACAGCUAAACAUAUUUUAACUCUGAAGUUAAGGCGGUCAUAGUUCCUGCAUUUUUAUUCCUAAAUUUGACAAAUAUAGAUUACUUAUUUCAUGUAACAAUACACUGACAUCGAAUUUCAUUCUGAGAUAGGUUCAGUUAACAGCUGUCAUUAUAGAUACAUGUGGUAUUGAUUCAAAAUCUGAUGUUGAUACGGUUUGAUUUGGAAGGAUUGGAAUGACUGAUUCAUUGCAGAAUGCAUAAGCUUGUUAUUAAUUGAUUGUAGUUCCAUGUUAUGUAAAAGUAACGUGCAAUGAGAACUUCAUGAAUCAGUUUAUAUGUUGUUUAGAAAGUGUAGUUAAAUUACUCCAUUAUAUCAGAUUAUGUUCAGGUCUAACUUAAUGGUGUAUCGUGUAAGAAUUUGAGUGUUAAUGUAAGAAUGUGCAAUUAUGGGUAACACCUCUUAAGGAUUAGCCCCUUUUUUCCCAGUUUUUCCCAGUUUUUGCCUAAAAUGACAUACCCAAAUCUAACUGCCUGUAGCUCAGGCCCUGAAGCAUGGAUAUGUAUAUUAUUGGUACCAUUUGAAAGAAAACACUUUGAGGUUUAUGGAAAUGUGAAAGGAAUGUAGUAGAAUAUAGCGCAAUAGAUCAGGUAAAAGAUAAUAAAGUACCAUGAUCUUUGAAAUGCAAGAGAAAGGCCAUGAUGGUAAAAGGCGGUGGGUUCUCCCGUGCUCUAUUAUUAUAACACUUUAUUUGAAAAUAUUUGUGAUGGCCAUAUCACAGGCCAGAAAAUCAUUUUCAAAGGACACUGUCACCAAGAUUUUUAAAACUGUACAGGCAAAUAAGACUGAGAGAAAAGCAACGACUCUAGCUAUUGUUUUUUUCACCUACAUUUUCAUCUAAAUUGUUAGAUUCCAUUUUGUUUUUGUUCUUUAGCAAAAUUUUGAUAAAUCAUAUUUCUUAAUCUUUCUGCCAGUUGUUAUUUCCUUUAGAAAAACAAUUAUUUCAGCUUUCUUUUAACUAUGAUUCAAAGUGACAGCUAAACAUAUUUUAACUCUGAAGUUGAGGAAUUCACAGUUCCUACAUUUGUAUU